AUGUAUUCUCACCCAAGGAGGCUGAGCGCCUGCCGCCCCACCGCCCCUACGACCACGACAUCAAGCUGCAGGAGGGGGAAAGUGCCCCCAUUUGGGCCCUUGUAUCCGAUGUCCCGGGAAGAAUUGAAGGCCCUGAAAGAAUGGAUUGAGGAAAACCUGAAGAAAGGAUUUAUUCGACCCAGCUCAUCACCUGCUGCAUCCCCUGUUCUAUUUGUCAAAAAGCCAGGAGGAGGUCUUCGAUUCUGUGUUGACUAUCGUGCCCUGAACGCCAUUACUGUGAAAGAUCGCUAUCCGCUACCGUUGACCAAGGAGACCCUGAAUAACCUGAAAGGGAUGAAAUAUUUCACGAAGAUCGACAUAAUUUCCGCCUUUAACAACCUGAGAAUCAAGAAAGGACUCGAAUACUUGACUGCCUUCCGUACACGACUAGGCCUAUUUGAAUCCCUUGUGAUGCCCUUUGGCCUGACUGGCGCACCUGCUUCAUUCCAGCGAUUCAUGAAUGACACCCUGCGAGACUACCUGGAUGUCUUCUGCACUGCCUAUUUGGAUGACAUCCUGAUUUAUAGUAAGACCCGUGAGGAGCACAUUCGCCACGUCCGCCUGGUUCUUGAGAAAUUGCGAGAUGCAGGCCUCUUUGCCAAAUUGUCCAAGUGUGAAUUUGCGGUGCCUGAGACUAAGUUCCUGGGUAUUAUUGUCGGCCGAGAUGGACUACGCAUGGAUCCUGACAAGGUGAAGACUAUUGUUGACUGGGAGACCCCAACUUGUGUGACUGAUGUCCAAGCAUUCAUUGGCUUUGCGAACUUUUACCGGAGGUUUAUCAAAGAUUUCUCAAAGAUUAUUACGCCCCUAGUGAACCUGACAAAGAAAGGCAUCCAGUUUAAAUGGGACACUACCUGCGAACUAAGCUUCAAUGCCCUGAAAAAGGCCUUCACUACUGCGCCUGUUCUCAGACCGUUUGACUGGAAUAAAGAAGUCAUCCUAGAAACUGAUGCAUCUGACUAUGUCUCUGCUGGGGUCCUGUCCCAAUAUGACGACAAUGGUGUCUUGCACCCUGUGGCCUUCUUCUCCAAGAAGCACUCAGCAACUGAAUGCAAUUAUGAGAUUUAUGAUAAGGAACUACUGGCUAUCAUCCGCUGUUUCGAGGAAUGGCGCCCUGAGCUGGAAGGAACCCCAUCUCCCAUCAAAGUUAUCACUGAUCACCGGAACCUGGAAUACUUCAUGACAACUAAGCUCCUGAACCGCCGACAAGCCCGCUGGUCUGAGUUCCUGUCCCGAUUUAACUUCAAGAUCAUUUAUCGCCCAGGCAAACAAGGAGCGAAGCCUGACGCCCUGACCAGGAGGUCAGAGGAUCUCCCUAAAGAGGGGGAUGAGCGCCUGCUACACCAAAGCCAGACUGUCCUGAAGAAAGAGAACCUUGAGCCUGCACCUGACAAUUCACCUGUCACCCUGAAUGCCACCACUAGAGCCCGAGACCAUUCUGCUGAAAGCUCUGUUGAGAACCCACCCAGAAUACCUGCUCAAACCAGGAGAGUCAGAUUCGCUGAUGAGACCAAUCAUGAUGUGCCAGAGCCACCACAAGAUAUCAAGAAUCUGCUGGAUAAUGCGUAUUCCGUUGAUGAAACAGUACUGUCAAUUCUGGAAGCCCUAGAUAAGGACGCCACACGACACCCUCAGAUCACCCUAGCUGACUGCCAGAGAAGAGGCAAAUACCUCUUCUAUCGAAAUCGUCUUUAUGUUCCAGAUAAUGGAGAGCUAAAAGCCGAGCUAUUGAGACAAUGCCAUGACAAGCCAGCCAUAGGACACCCUGGCCGAUCCAAAACUUAUGAGCUCCUGUCCCGGGAAUACUACUGGCCUGGAAUGUACCAGUAUGUUGAACAAUGGACCCAGAAUUGCCACACAUGCCGCCGCAUCAAGCCAUCCAGAGAAGCCCGUCAAGGCAUCCUGCGCCCUCUGCCUGUCCCUGAAAGAUCCUGGCAAGAUAUUAGCAUGGACUUCGUCACACAUCUACCUCCAAGCCGUGGGUACGAUGCGAUCCUGGUUGUAGUGGACCGACUGACAAAGAUGAAACACUUCAUUCCGUGCAAAGGAACCUGCAAUGCCGAAGAAGUGGCCCGCCUGUAUGCCUACAAUGUCUGGAAACUCCAUGGCCUGCCGCAAACUAUUGUAUCAGAUCGAGGACCACAAUUUGUUGCCCAGUUCUGGAAACACCUGACACGCCGCCUGCAAAUCACGAACCUGCUGUCAACUGCCUACCAUCCUGAGACUGACGGCCAGACUGAGAGGACCAAUGCCGUUCUGGAACAAUAUCUCCGCGCCUAUGUAUCCUACCUACAAGAUGACUGGUCUGAAUGGCUACCGCUAGCUGAGUUUGCUGCUAACUCUGCUCGCUCUGAGUCUACCCAUGUUUCCCCAUUUUUCGCGAACUAUGGAUUUCACCCACGAAUGGGAUUUGAACCUGUUCUGCCUACCAACCGUCCUGCCAGAGAUGCUGAAGAGUUUGCCUGUCGAAUGGAAUUAAUCACUGAGUUUGUUCGUACCGCGAUCACAUCCGCCCAGGCCCGUCAGGAGGAACAGGCCAAUCGGAAGAGGCAGCCUGCCCGUCGCUAUCAAGUCGGCCAGUAUGUAUGGCUAGAUUCCCGCAAUAUCCGGACCCUGCGCCCACAGAAGAAGCUAGAUUGGAAGAACCUGGGACCAUUCCGCAUUGUUGAGAUUGUUAACCCGCAUGCUUAUAAGCUCGACCUGCCUGCUAGUAUGAGGAUGCAUCCUGUGUUCAACGUUAGCUUGCUCCGCCCUGCUGCUGGAAACCCUGUCCCAGGCCAGAGACAAGAACCGCCGCCACCUGUUGAAGUGGAUGGACUUGAAGAAUGGCAAGUUGAGGAUAUCUUGGAUUCCCGCUGGGAAAGGAGAGGUCGCGGGGACCUCGUCUGA